UUUUUAAUAAUGGACAAGCCACUAACCAAAGCAUUGGACUAGCGAAGCCGAGCACCAGUCCUUUACUCCUUUCUCUCUCCGUUGCCUCCUUUCUCUCUCGAAGUCAAAACCACAAGCACAUUCUAGUCUCAUGGGCUCCACUGCCUCGCCGCCCAUCCUCCCCCUUUCCGCCGGUCAGCCCGCCUCCUUCUCCGCUGCCGGCGCCGCCUCCACCGCUGCUGGCGCCGCUUCCACCGCUCCAAUCUCAACCCCAGCGUUCCGUCGCUUCAUCUCCCGCCUCUCCGACUCCAUCCGCCGCUCCCUCGCCAACCGCCGUCCCUGGUCGGAGCUCAUUGACCGCUCCGCCUUCUCUCGGCCGGACUCGGUCUCCGAGGCUGCCUCCCGCGUCCGCAAGAAUCUCUCCUACUUCCGUGUCAACUAUCUCGCCCUCCUUGCCGCCGUCCUCGCCCUCUCCCUCCUUUCCCACCCCUUCUCCCUCCUCGUCCUCCUCUCCCUCCUUGCCGCCUGGUGCUUCCUCUACCUCUUCCGCCCCACCGACCCUCCGCUUGUCAUCCUUGGCCGCACUUUUUCUGACCGCGAAACCCUCGGCGCCCUCGUCCUCCUCACCAUUCUCGUCGUCUUCCUCACCUCUGUCGGAUCUCUCCUCAUCUCAACCCUCAUGGUCGGAGCCACAAUCGUCGCCGUCCACGGCGCCUUCCGCGUGCCCGAGGACCUCUUCCUUGACGACCAGGAGCCAGGUGGCGCCGGCUCAGGCUUACUGUCCUUCCUCGGCGGAGCCGCCGCCUCUGCUGGCCCUGCUGUUGGCGUCUGAUCUGGAUCUGACGGUUGUCUCGGUUGCGAUCGUUGAGGUUUGUUACUUCGGUUAUCCUCUGCUCCUUCCCUUACCUUCUAUUGAUCCUGUGGUAGGUAAGAGAAGAUAUUCUUGGAUAACUAGGGUUUAAUAUUAAUUAAUAUAUCCUCGGAUAAGUUGGAUUGGGAGAGAUAUAGGACUCUGGAUUCAUGUAACUGUUUUUGGAUGAUCAAUGCUUACAAGUUGUUCUCUCAAUGUAUCGAUGGCUUUGUUUCAGAUCUAUAGAAGAAUCUUUGCUGAUUUUAAUUUGAUU